AACUCCAUUUUGUUAAACAAAAUACUAUUCAAUUUUUUCAUUUUUUGUCCUUUUAUGUCACAUUUUAUCCGCAACAAAUUAACAAUUCCCCCUUUUUUUCUUCUUAAAUUUCCAUACAAAUUUGAUUAAUUCCUUGAAUUUUGGUAGCUGAGAUUUUAUUCAUAGAAAGUGGGUAGGAGCUAAAUUUCUGGGAGAACCUAAUUUUGAUGUCCAAUAAUUUCACCCUUCAUUUUCGGCGAAUCCUUUUUUAAAUUCAUCUUCCAUUUUCUCUUUCUCUCUCCUCCUUUCGCCUGUGAUCUAGGGUUUUUAUUCCCUGCUCUCUAUCAGGUAAUCUGGGUGGUUAGAGGUGCAGGGUUCUCUUUCCCAAUCAUCAGCCAAAGUUUGAGGUGGAUCUCUCAAAAUUCCUUUAUUAAUUUUUUAAUUAGUUGAUUGUCGAAAAAUAAACAAAAAAUAAAUAAAUCAUCAAAAGGUAGGUAGGCUUGGACAUAAAGUGAGAGGAAUACCACUCGAUGAAGUUAUUUGGCUGUAAAUUUAAUUGACAAGUUCAAGAUUUUGGAACAAUAAGUUUACUUUAAAGUUUUUAGUACAUUUAGAUUUAUGAUAGUACUAUAUAAGAGGAGGAUUAUAGGUGUUAAACAACAUUAUUGUUAUAUAUAAUACGGAUUACUAGUUUACUACAUUGUCUAAUGGCUUCUCGAGAAGGAGAGUUUUUGGUUGAUCUUGAAUGUGGUGGUACUACCUCUGAGGAGGAGUUGAGUGGGGAUGCUGUUUCCGAUAAUGGAAGAGGGAGAGUGGCGGUAAGUCGGGGCCGUAAUGGGGUUUUAUGUUAUAGUGGGUUGACAAAUGGUGGUGCCGUGGUUGUUGACUCCAACAUUGGUGGUCAAGGAGUUGAUUUACUUAUUGACAAAAGUUCAGAAGGUGAAGAUUGUAGAGAUUUCGUUGCUGUUUUAGAGAAGAGGAAUCCAAAGGAACAACGAAAGAAGGUGGGGUCGAAGAAGGCAUCGAAACCACCCCGACCUCCAAAUGGUCCAUUGUUGACUGCAUCGGACCUGAAAUUGGUGAAGGAACUGUCUGAAUUAGCUGCUAGAAAGCGGGCAAGAGUUGAACGGAUUAAAGCAUUUAGGAAGAUGAAAGAUGCUAAGCGGUCUUCUUCAGGCAGCAGCGUAACUGCAAUGGUGAUAACGGUUGUGUUCUUCCUUAUUAUAGUGUUUCAAGGAAUUUACUCUGGAAGUAGCUUUACUAAGAAAUUUCAGGGAUCACCUGCACCAGCAACAGCGAAGGAAGGUUUGAUUUCGAUCCAAUUAUUCAACAAUGCUCCUACGUAUGAAAUGAAUCAACCCAUUUCUCUUUCUCCAAAUUCUUUGGAGGUGGCUUCGAGUUCAAGUCCUCGGGAGCAAGAAGGCAGGGAUGCUCGGUAAAAAAAUUCUUUGUUAGAAUCAUCAGGAUAACUUACUGAAAUGGAAUGUUCAACUUCUAAAUCAUUUUUUUCAAAAAAAGAAAUCCGAUUUCCAAAAAAGGCUGCUCGUUUGUAAAUAGGUAUAGAGCUUCAUCUACGGGAGAUUGUAUAGAUGUUUUCAUCUUUCAAACCGGGAUCUUGUCCAGACUUUGAUAUCCAGAUCGAGGAAGCGAAAUUUUGGUUCUUUGAUUCA